CCCGGAAUAACAUACUUGCAAAGAGUAGCUGGUGUUGCGAGAAAUGUUUACCCUGUAUCCUAUAACUCCCUUAUCCUAUAACUAGUUAUCUUUUUGAUUCUUUUUUUUUCAUAGUUCAGACUUCAGUGUUUGCUGAGAAGAAACCAUCCAAAAUGGUGAUUACUUCAGCUGUCACAGACCCAGAAGAACAAGGACAAAGCUUACACUGUACUUUCGCUUCCAGAUAUAUGUGUGAAUCUGUUCCCAAGUUCAAGAUGCCAGCGAGGUCUAUACCAAAGGAUGCAGCAUAUCAGAUAAUAAAUGAUGAGUUGAUGCUGGAUUGUACACCAAGGCUCAACUUGGCUUCCUUUGUGACCACUUGGAUGGAGCCUGAGUGUGACAAGCUCAUAAUGGCUUCACUUAACAAGAACUAUGUUGACAUGGAUGAGUAUCCUGUCACCACUGAGCUUCAGAACCGGUGUGUUAAUAUAAUAGCACAUCUAUUCAAUGCACCUAUAGGCGAAGAUGAGGUUGCAGUAGGUGUGGGAACUGUGGGAUCAUCAGAGGCAAUAAUGUUAGCAGGUCUUGCUUUUAAAAGGAAAUGGCAGACAAAGAGAAAAGGAGAAGGCAAACCAUAUGAUAAGCCCAACAUAGUUACUGGGUCUAAUGUGCAGGUUUGUUGGGAAAAAUUUGCAAGGUACUUUGAGGUUGAGCUGAAGGAAGUGAAACUCACAGAAGGAUACUAUGUGAUGGACCCUGUGAAAGCAGUUGAAAUGGUGGAUGAGAACACCAUCUGUGUUGCAGCCAUUUUGGGGUCUACUAUGACAGGAGAAUUUGAGGAUGUGAAGCUUCUUAAUGAACUUCUUACUAAAAAGAAUAAGGAGACAGGGUGGAAUACUCCAAUUCAUGUUGAUGCUGCCAGUGGGGGUUUUAUUGCCCCAUUUCUCUACCCUGAUCUAGAGUGGGAUUUCCGUUUGCCAUUGGUGAAGAGCAUCAAUGUUAGUGGUCACAAGUAUGGUCUUGUCUACCCUGGUGUUGGUUGGGUUGUGUGGAGGAGUAAAGAUGAUCUGCCAGAUGAUCUUGUUUUCCACAUAAAUUAUCUUGGAUCUGAUCAGCCCACUUUCACAUUGAAUUUCUCCAAAGGAUCUAGUCAAAUUAUUGCUCAAUAUUACCAAUUUAUACGGCUUGGCUUCGAGGGUUACAAAAACAUCAUGGAAAAUUGCUUGGAGAAUGCAAGAUUUCUGAAAGAAGGAAUUGAGCAAACUGGGCUGUUUAACAUUAUCUCCAAGGAUAUAGGUGUGCCACUUGUAGCAUUCUCUUUGAAAGACAGUAGUCAACACACAGUGUUUGAGAUAUCAGACCAUCUGAGAAAAUAUGGGUGGAUAGUUCCGGCCUAUACAAUGCCACCAGAUGCUCAACACAUCGCGGUGCUCCGGGUGGUGAUUCGGGAGGAUUUCAGCCGCGGAUUGGCUGAGAGACUUCUUUCUGACAUAGACAAAGUUAUGAAGAUCUUGGACACACUUCCAAGCCCUCUAUCCACCAAAGCUGCACAUGUCACAGCUAUCACUAGUGAGACAAGUGAGAAGGUUAAAUGGAGUGAAAUUGAGAUUCAAUCAGAGGUUGUCAAGUACUGGAAGCGACUUGUUGAUGGAAGGAGAGUUGGUGCAUGUUAGGCUUUACCAAAUCUUUUCCUUUUGGUAGCCUUGUUGUGAGUUACUUUAUCUAUGUGCUCUGCCCUUAUGUAUAUGAGGAACUAAGGAUUAUUAUGUUGUUAUCUUAUUUCCUAUGUGUAUAUGUAAUGCUAUAUAGCCAUAAGCUAUAUAAAUGCAUGAUAGCUUCUAAUAAGCUAUAUCAACAAUGACUAUAGCAAUAGUCUUGUUGUGAGUUACUUUAUCUAUGCGCUUUGAGGUAAUGUAUGUGAGGAACUAAGGAUUAUUAUGUUGUUAUCUUCUUUCAUAUGUGUAUGUAAUGCUAUAUAGCAAUAAGCUAUAUCAACACAUGAUGGAUUCUAA